UUAGCCGAGCAUCAACCGAUGUGGCAGGUGGACUUUGACAGCUGCCUUUGGGGACAGGUAGAGCUACUGGUGGACUGAAAGAGCUGAAGCGGGUGGUCUCAUUUCAACAGGAAGCAGAAGCAGUAAACCCCAGAUGGCUUCUUGGAUUCCACCACAGUAUCCUCAACCACAAGGGAGACACAUAACCCAAAAGGAAGGCCAUGGCAGGGGCCCAUGGAGGGUAGUCUCCCACGGACCUCCUUCUCAUUCCAGGCCCAACAACGAGAGGUUCUACCAUCAGUACCAUGAUCCCCGGGCAGGGCCUCCACCUUGGCCAGAUGCCAGAGUGGAGUACCACCCCCCAACAUAUCACCCACAGCCCCAGGACUAUCUGAGACCAAACUCCAGGGCAGAGUAUUAUGAAAACAAUUACCCCAUCAGGCCAUACUCAAGGCAAGGUUACGAAGAUCUGUACUGGAGCUCUGUAGAAGAUUACUCGUAUGGAGGUUAUCAGAGAUACCCCCAAGCGCCACAGGGUGACAGAGAUCCAAGGCAGAGAAAUACCUAUGGUGAAUGUACAGUUUAUUGGAAUCAGAGUUAUUACCGAGAUUACCGCCCGAAGGAAAGCAGUGGAAUUGACAGGCAUAGCAAUGCAACACCAAUUCGAUCUAAGAAGCAUGAGUCCUACGAAGACAGAUACGGCUCAAGGGAAGAUGACUCUGACAAUAUCAGUUAUAGCCCUGCUUUGCAACAAGGAUGGUUUCCAAACGAAUUGCAAGGAAAUUUCCUGGAGAAGCACGGUGUUCCGGCACGAGAGCCUCCAGCGCUUGAAGAACCAAACCUGCUUCAACAGUAUAAAGACUCUGGCCUCAGCUCCAGCACUUACGAGCUAAGCCAGUACAUCUAUGACUCUUCCGGUCAGUAUGAAGCAGCUCCCUCCAAGAACUGGAGUCCAGUUCAAGCAGGAGAAGAUUUACUGGUUGCUGCUCACCAUGUGGCACCCCAGAAGUUUCACUUGUCCCAUGUACCUGUUUGCUUUGGAGCCGGAGGGCAGCUGGUCCGAGGAUGUCCCAAUUACCCAGCAGAAGGGCAGCCUGCCCUGGUUGAGAUACACAGCCUGGAGGUUAUUUUACAUGACACUGCUGAGCAGGAGGCGAUGCGAGUCUUCCCAGGACCUCUGAUCAGGGAGGACUUGCACAAAGUGGAUGUGAUGAUGUUUUGUCAACGGAAAGCAACUGCGGGCUGUGACCUUGCAUCUAACCGGGGCCGAGAUGCUGCCUUGCUCUGGAAACUCCUGCUUCUUCUUUGCCGCCAGAAUGGGUCCAUGGUGGGGUCAGACAUAGCAGAACUGCUGAUGCAAGACUGCCGGCGCAGGGAGAAGUACAGAAGACAAGAGCCAGUUGCCAAUCUGAUCAACUUGACAGAUGAGGAGUGGCCAGGACAAUCCUACGGGACCACAGACCUUCUCACAGGGGAGAUAGUGCUGAGUGCUGGCACACCAAAGCAAAAUGUGGAGAAGUUCACCAAACUCCUCUUCUAUGGGAGGAAAAAAGAAGCACUGGAUUGGGCCAUGAGGAACCAGCUGUGGGGCCACGCUCUCUUUCUAUCCAGCAAGAUGGACCUAAGGACCUACAGCUGGGUCUUGAGUGGGUUCACCAGCACUCUGGCCUCCAACGACCCUCUGCAGACCCUUUUCCAGCUUAUGUCUGGAAGGAUCCCUCAGGCAUCUCUGUGCUGCGGGGAUGACAAGUGGGGAGACUGGAGACCACACUUGGCCGUCAUCCUGUCCAAUCAGGUGGGAGAUGCUGAGCUGAACCACAGAGCUGUUGUCACCAUGGGAGACACGUUGGCUGGGAAAGGGUUAACGGAAGCAGCUCACUUCUGCUACCUGAUGGUGAACGUCCCUUUGGGGCAUUUUGGAGUUAAAACACACCACCACCUGGAAUUGCUGGGCAGCAACCAGCGCCAGGAGUUUGCCCAGUUCGUAAAGUUGGAGGAUAUCCACAGGACUGAGAUCUUUGAAUACUGCCAGCUGCUGGGGUACCCCAAAGCUUUCCUCCCCUCUUUCCAGGUAUACAAGCUUAUUUAUGCCACUCGCCUUGCGGACUAUGGCCUCACUGCUCAGGCCUUGCAUUAUUGCGAAGGGGCUGGGAUGGCACUGCUUGCCCAGAAUGAGAACAUCAACCCCGUCCUCCUAGAGCAAGUGAUCAAGCUGGCAGAGCGGCUGAAACUUUCAGACCCACGGCUGCUAGAAAGGCCCGAACAAGAUACUUCUUUAGAACCAGAUUGGCUCAUACAGCUCCGAGCCCGACAUCAGCAGAUCAAGGAGGAAGGAAGUUUUCUUGGUGCUGCUUCCACUCAACCAGAGCCAGUAAAAAACAGUGGAUCAAUACCAGGUACGGCUCCCCAUUCUGAGCAUAUACAGAAUCAAGGCUGUUGGGAGGAUCUAGGGCAACAUCCUGCCAAUCACCUGCUCCUCAUGCACUCAACACAGUAUCAGCCAGGCUUGGGCCAGAGGCUGGAUUUCCCUCCUGGAUCCGACCAUCCUAUAGAUACAGCUGUUGCCAGUAUGGAGAAUUCUCCGCCAGGGAUGAGCCGAGAUUCCUCUCCUCCUGCAGGAGGGCUUCCAGAUGACUUCUCCUCCUUACAUCUGCACCAGCUGUCAGAUAAAGGAGGCACUCAAGAAUCUUGUGGAGUGUACCAUACCGGUGAUGAAAAGAACAUUCUGGAAAAUCAGAACACACUCAAUAGCCGGACCCGGUCCAUGUCUGAGAGUUCAACCAUAUCUAUGGUGGAGGAUAUGUCACAGUUCUCCGAAGAUACAGGGGAAGAAGCUAUUUCAGAGAACUCGGCAGCAGAGGAUGCUGGGCAAGAGCAAGCAAAGGCCUCUGGUUUUGGCUGGUUCCAGUGGUUCCGAUCCAAGCCUAACAGGGAUGCAGAACCCUCCAGAAAGGCACCAACCACUCCUUUGGAUUUUGUUGCUCCAGUUUCCCAGGAAAAAGCAGCUCUACCACCAACUUCUUUUCCUCCCCCUGGUGGAACCAGGCCUCCGAAACCUCCGCUUCCUCAUCUACGUCAUGCAUCUGGAAACCCUUUUUCCCAAAGCUCUUUGGGUACUGCUGGAACCAAAAACUUAUUAAGCGUUGGAAGCCAAGAAGGGUCCAUGUUUUCAGGUGCUGGAAAUAAGGUCACCGCAGCAGCAGUCUCUGGGCAUCCACAACAGAGCUUUCCUCGCCGCUAUCCACCUUAUCCUCGAUGAUCAAAAAACCUCCAGGCUAUUUCUAGCCCCUCUGGCCACCAUCCUUUUGCCUGAGGCUAAAAGACUGAAUGCAAUUAUGUGAUACACUGUCCUUCCUCUUGGCUGAUAACCCAGCUUCCUGCUGCCCAACGGGAACAGGCAAGAAUAUAUGUUGGCAAGACACAUGCUUUUUUCUCCUUACUUACUCUGUGUCUUUUAAAAUGUGGAAUGCAGUUGCAACCUUUCUCAUGUGUAGUAAAGACAAAAUGUUCUUGUUCAUCUUUGGAUUCAUCAUAACAGAUUUUUUUUUAAAAAAGGAGAAGAGUGCUGCAUUUUCUUUUUGCAUUCCACAGGCAAGUGAGAAACUCAGGAUAAAAAAAAAAGAAUCCAGAGAACUCUGUAUCUUGUCAAUCAAUGCAAUUGCUUGCAAUCUAGUGAUUGGGAGGAUUGCAUUAGAAUGGCAACAUUCAAGGAGCUAUUUGGGUUUCUUGAACAACAACCUUAUCUUCUUUUGGAAAGCUGUCCUGCUCUGAGAACCGUGGUCCUCUUGAGAUCCACAUCCAUCUAUACAUAUUUCUACAGAAGUAACCUAACUACUCCAGUUCCCUAUGCAGAACUAUGCAAAAGCAAAUCCCACCAGUUUCAGUGAGGCUUGAUUGCUUGCUUACUUAAUUUAUAGUUUGCCUUUCUUACAGAGACUCCAGGUGGAUUAUUCAGUUAAACAGAAUAAGACAUCCAGUAAACAAUGCAGUAGGACCAGGAGUGCAGAACUGGAAAGCAAUAUAAAACCAGCCAAAGAGGCAGUUGGGCCUUUGAAUGACCAAGGAAUAAAAGGAUUGCUAAAAGAAGAUGGAGAGAUGCCAAAGAAGCUUAAUGAAUUCUUUGCACUUGUAAGAUAAGAGGAUGGGUCUUUUUAUGGAUGAAAAGUUGGUUAAACAAAAGGAAGCAGAGAAUAGGAAUACAUGGACAGUUCUCACAAUGGGGGGAAGUAAGCAGUGGGGUACCACAAGGAUUGAUAUUGGGGGCUGGUGCUAUUUAAUUUGUUCAUAAAUGAUCUGGAACUAGGGGUGAGCAGUGUAGUGGCCAAGUUUGCAGAUGACACAAUAUUCUUUGGGAUUGUGAAAGCCAAAGCUGACUGUGAAGUGCUUCAAGAGAAUCUCCAUAAUUUAGGUAAGCGGGCAACAAUGUGGCAAAGGAAGCUCAAUGUAGGUAUGUGUAAGAUGAAGCUCACUGCAAAAAAGGCCUUUAAGUAUAUGCUACUGGGGUCUGAACUUGCUGAGAUAGAAACCUUGGCGUUGUAGUGGAAAGCUCAAUGAGAAUGUCAACCCAGCAUGCUGCGGAAGUGAAAAAGUCAAACUGUGCUGAGACAUUAUUAGGAAAGAGAUUGAAAAUAAAACAAUCAAUAUUAUGAUAUGGCCUCAUUUGAAAUACUGUGUGGCAGUUCUGAUCGCUGUAUGUCCCAGAGGACACUCCGAUCAGGGGACAAACAGCUGUUGGUGGUCCCUGGCCCCAAGGAGGCCUGCCUAGCCUCGACUAGAGCCAGGGCCUUUUCGGUCCUGGCUCCCACCUGGUGGAAUGCUCUGUCUGCUGAAAUCAGGACCCGGCAGGACUUACUAUCUUUUCGCCGGGCCUGCAGGACAGAGUUGUUCCGCCAGGUAUAUGGCUGAGGCUGAGCCUCUGCCAGCCUGGGAAAAAGGGGUGUAUAAAAGCCUCCCUGUGAAGGCUGUCCACCAUCUUGUUUUACAUGUGUUGUUCUUAAUGAACAUGAAUUUUUAAUUGUAUUUUAAUUGUAUUUUUAAUAUGUUGGUAUCCGCCCUGAGCCCGAUUGCGGGGAGGGUGGAAUACAAAUUUGAAAUAAAUUAAAUAAAUAAAUAAAAUAAAAAGGACAUUGUAGAACUGGACAGAGAACUUUUUCUCCCUCUCCCAAAAUAGUAAAUCUCGAGGGUAUCCAAUGAAGUUGAUGGGCAGUAGAUUCAGAAUGGAUAAAAGAAAAUACAUCUUUAUUUAAUGAGUGAUCAAAAUGUGGAAUUUGCUGCUUAGAGGAUGUAGUGAUGAUGACCUCAGGCAUAGACGGCUUUAAAAUUGGAUUAGACAGAUUCAUGGAGGGUAGGUCUAUCAGUGGCUACUAGUCAUGGUGACAAAAGGGAACCUCCACAAUGGCAGUAAACCACUGAAUACCAGUGCCAGGAAACAACAUCAGGGGAAGGCCUCUAUGCCCCUUUGUUGGCACUCCAGAGUAACUAGUUGGCCAGUGUGUGAGACAGGAUGCUGGGCUAGAUGGACCAUGGGUCUGAUCCAGCAGAGGUCUUACGUUCUUAUUCCUUUCUACUCCGUUUUUGUUAAAUUCCCCCACCCAAUGCAACACAUCACUUCCCAUGCCACACCAUGCUUCCAUCUAGAUAUAUAAAGACAAGUGUCCUGACUAACUCAUCAACGCCCAUGCCAAACCCCUGGACCUAGAAGUGUGAAAUUUGGGCAGGAUGUUUCUUUUGUGGUGUAGAGGCUCACUAAGAAAGGAUUUUAAGAAAUUCGCCCCCUAAGGGGGUAAAAAGGGGUAAAAUGUGUUUUCCCAUAGGGAUACAGCUUCCCUAUGUAGCUGGGAGGCUGCUCUUCCCCUUCCCCCGCCAACUGCCAACUCAGCCGCUCUGCCCUGAGGUCAUUUGCAUAUGCGGCCUGAUUGGUCAUCAUCCCAACAUUCUAAACAGUAUGCAGUUGCUGUUGGGAGUCAUUGAAUGUGUCCUGAGGUAAAAAUACACCUCCCAGUCUUCCCCUCUAGGGUUGCCAAUCUCCCUGUGGGGCCUGGCUCCUGCCUGCUCACACCCUCCCCUCCCUGAUGGGUCAGCUGUGGAACUCUGUGUUCUGAGGUAAAAAUCAGGUAAAGGAAACUGCAAACAGUUGAAGAAAGACAGUACAAGACUCCUGGAUACGGAUUUUUUUAUAAGUCAGUAUGGCAACUGAGUUUUUAAUGUUCAUGGGGAGAUGAUACAUGACCUUUCUAGGGGUCAUUUCAAUGCAAACCUCUCACAUGAACCUGCCGAAGUGCCCACCACACCACCACUCCCUCGUCCAACUCCACCUCACACCUCUCGCAGCCAUCACCUCUCACUGCUGCCAAGAAGCCUUCUGGCAGAUGUCGUGCAAGAUACACCAAUGCUAAAAGGAGGAAGCAACUUAGAGACGCGGCAAAGAAAUACGCACAUCGUACUCCUGUGGUGCACCGAGCAGCAGUGGCCAAGUACCAGCAAGAUCACCGCAAGGUGCACAGAGCGGAAGAGCCUCUCUAUGAGCAAAGCGAUCCUGGAAGACGAAUAGAGAGGCACUCACUUCCAUGGAAGGUCAAGGGUCACUCAGGCAUGGCAGAUGAUCCUUCGCUAACUUCAAGCUGCCUCUUAACCUCAUCCAUGCAGAAACCCUCCUGUUCAGCAUCUCAAAACAAAGCAACAUGGCCCAAGUGCUGCGGAACUGUAAGCUUAUUGUUUGGGAUGAGAGCACCAUGGUGCACAAGGGAUGUUUUGAGGCACUCAGCAUAACCCUCAAAGAUGUCAGGGGCAAUGACAGAGUGAUAGGGGGAGUCACCGUGCUGCUGGCUGGAGACUUCCAGCAGACUCUGCCCAUAUUCCCUAGGGGAACUCGAGCUGAUGAGGUUACAGUGUGUGUCAAGGCAUCAUAUCUGUGGCCCCUCAUCAGGAAACUCUCACUAAGAAAGAACAUGAAGGUCCACUUGAGAGGCGAGUUGUCUGCUGGGGAAUUCUCUGAACUCCUACUAAAAAUAGGGGACAGAGAGUAUCCCAAGUCCAAGGGAAAGUUGACUGUCCCUGCAGACCUGGGCUCAGUAGUGACGACCCUAGCAAACCUAACAGCCAUGAUAUACCCUGAUAUUGUCACUAUCAUGGAGAAGUCCAUGGACGGGCUGUGAAAGUGUGCCAUUCUGAACCCAAGAACGACAAGGCUGCCAUCAUUAAUGAAACGCAACUUAACUCCUUUGAAGGGGCAGAAAUGGGUACAGAUCUCUGGACUCAGUGGUGCAAAUGGAUGACAUGGUCCACUACCUUCUGGAGUUCCUCAACUUGCUCAACCCUUCUGGCUUCCCAGCCCACAAGCUUCUCCUCAAAGUGGGGGCUCCAGUGAUGCUGCUCCGGAACCUCAACCCACCCAAACUCUGCAAUGGCACCAGACUGUGAGUGAAAGCCCUCCACAGGAACAUCAUCGAGGCCACAUUGUUCACCGGCAGUGCUGGGGUGGGGGGGAGUCGGUGUUCAUACCAUGCAUACCACUCAUACCAUCAGAGAACCCCUUUGAAUUCAAGAGACUGCAGUACCCCCUCAAGGCCUGCUUUGCUAUGACGAUCAACAAAUCCCAGGGGCAGACACUGAAGGUGGCAAGAAUUGACUUGAGGGAGGACUGCUUCUCACAUGGACAGUUCUAUGUGGCCUGCUCCAGAGUGAGCUCACCCAGCAGCCUGGUGAUCCUAGCACCUGAGGGGAAUACCACCAAUGUGGUCUACAAAGAGGUCCUUCGGUAGAAAAAACCCGUUUGUAUGUAUUUUUCACUUUAU